AAAAACACCAAAGUCAAAGGACAUAAAGAGUAAUAAAGCUCUCUAGCGGAAAGCACCAGAACAAUUUUGGUAAUUACAUAAAUAGCUCCCCAUCUGAACGCAAAAGCUCAGCUUCAUUCAUCUUCCCCAAACACCACAAAAGCCAAAAGUUACAGCAGCAGACGAAAAUGGCUGCAGAUUUCUCCAAGGCGGUCGAGCUCGGCCUCCAGCUCACGAAUCGAAUCUACUACGGCAAGGACGCCGGAGUGCCAGCGCCGGCGCCGCCGCGUACUGUGUCGAUGACGGCGGAGCCGGACUGCCACCUCCCGACGGCGCCGAUGGUGUACGCGGAGAUAACCGAUCCGGCGUCGGUGGACAACCCGGACAUCCCGAGCUACCAGCCGUACGUCCACGGGAGGUGCGAGCCACCGGCGAUGAUCCCGCUGCACAUGCACGGGGUGUCGGUGGAGGUCGAUUGCUGCCUCGACACGGCGUUCGUCACCGUCAGUGGCGCGUGGCGCGUACAUUGCGUCUCUGCGAGUAGGAGCUGCUGCUGCCGCAUUGCUGUACCCAUGGGUGAAGAGGUUUCAGUUCUAGGUGUAGAAGUUGAAAGCCCUUUCAAGUCAUACAGUACACAGUUGAUCUCACUGGAAGAUACAGCAGAUGCAGCUAAUGUAGCCAGCAGUAAAGAUGGAUUUCUGAUAAGAGGUUGCAUAUACACACUUAAAAUUCCUCAGGUCGAUGGUGGAACUAUGCUAUCAAUCAAAGUCAGUUGGUCCCAAAAAAUGUUGUAUGAAAAUGGAGAAUUUUGCCUCAAUAUGCCUUUCACAUUUCCUUCACAUGUCAUUCCCAUGGUGAAGAACUUGUCUAAAAAGGAAAAGAUUGUAGUUAAUGUGAAUUCUGUUGCCGGAACAGAAGUCUUGUUCCAGUGUACGAGUCAUCCUCUGAAGAACAUAGGUCAGGAAGGAACGAAAGUAGGAUUUUCCUGCGAGAGGGAGGUUUCAGUAUGGUCCAUGGCUGACUUCAGAUUUUCAUACAAUGUUUCUUCAAGUGAAAUAAAUGGUGGUCUUCUGUUACAGUCCCCAUCUCUGCAUGAUUUUGAUCAGAGUGAGAUGUUUUGCUUUUAUCUAUACCCAGGGAAAAGUAUAAGCAAAAAGUAUGGCGCAACAUUGCAGGCUUUCAGAAAAGAAGUCGUGUUUUUAGUUGACAUAAGUGCAAGUAUGCAAGGAAGUCCAAUUGAGCAUGUUAAAUCUGCACUCUUGGCCGCACUUUCAAAGCUUGAUCCAGCCGAUACUUUCAACAUUAUUGCUUUCAAUGGAAAUUCAUUAUUAUUUUCUCCAUCUUUGGUACAAGCCACUACUAAGAUGAUUGAAAAAGCUUCCGAAUGGACUAAAAUGAGUUUUGUGGCUGAGGGUGGCACAAAUAUUUCAACUCCUUUGAAUCAGGCUAUCAACAUGUUCUCAAAAACUGGUGGUUUACUUCCUAUAAUUUUCCUCAUUACUGAUGGAGCUGUUGAAGAUGAGAAAGACAUUUGUGAUGCAAUGAGAGGCCACCUCAUGAAGGGAGGCUUGACUACUCCACGAAUUUGCACAUUUGGCAUCGGUUCAUAUUGCAAUCACUACUUCUUGCAAAUGCUUGCACAAAUUGGACGGGGUCAUUAUGAUGCUGCACCUGACAUAGGUUGGUCUCAAACUUUCGGUAUUAUUUUAUACGGUUCGAUCAACUCGAGGUUGGAAAGAUUAAUUAGCAAUGCAUCAUCAGUCAUACUUGCGGACCUAAGUAUUGAUGCUCUGAAACAUCUUGAUUCUCUUGAGAUUUAUCCGUCUCUUAUUCCAGACUUGUUAUCCGGAUGCCCACUAUUUAUAUCUGGAAGAUAUAGCGGAAAAUUUCCUGACAGUAUUGACAUUGGUGGUACCUUACCAGAUUUGAGUAAUUUCGAGAUAAAUGUGAAAGUGCGAAAUGCAAAGGAUAUCCAAAUUGACAGAGUAUUUGCCAAGAGACAAAUUGAUGCACUUACAGCUAAUGCAUGGUUUUCAGGAAGCAAACAACUAGAGGAAAAGGCAAUGAAACUGAGCUUGCUGAUGGGCGUGCCUUCCGAAUACACCAGUAUGAUUCUCGUUGAGACUAAUAAGGGCAAGUUACCUUCCAAGUCAAAAACAAUGCCGGAGGAAAAAGCCGAAGCCACUGGGCAAAAAAUCAUAUACCUGCGCGGUUUGGGCCUGGGCUUCGGCAGCAUCGAGGCCACGGUUGAGAACCGACCACCUGAACAUGCCGAGCCCAAAUUGUACGAGACUUCAGAAAAGAUAUUAAAAGCAGCAACCGACUGUUGCUCGAGGAUGGUCGACUGUUGCUGCUGCAUGUGCUUCAUCCAGUUCUGUGGAAAGCUCAAUGACCAGUGUGCGGUUGCUUGCACCCAGCUGUGCUCGGCACUCGCCUGUUUUGGGUGCAUCGAGAUGUGUUGUGAGAAAACGAUUUCGGAUGCUGGCUUCAGCUUAAUCAACAAGGUCGAGCUUCAAUUAGAUGAGAACAUGGGAAAGAGUGUUUACAUAGAGCAUUCUUACCGGAUGUUUUUCUCUAGGUUUGUUCGAUACAUGUCAAGGUACUCAUCUGGAUUUUGUCGUUUAAUCGUGUCCAUGGUGACAGCACCUAUGCCAGAGCUAGUAAUGGUUCUGGAGAAGGAAAAUGGCAUAGCUGAUUUACGUGCUUUAAUCGGGCCCACUGAUGUAAGCAAAGCUAAUAAGGUGACUCAUCCAAGAAGUGUUAGAGCUUUGCGUGGGGCUGACAUAUGCUUUUGCAAAGCAAUCAUCCUCGUAACUUUGGUUCCUUGUUUAGUUUACAUGCAUCUCGAGGUUUAUGUGGAAAAUUCUAUGCAAAGAAGAUUAAAGAAUGUUGAAGAAAUAGCUGGAUGCAGAGUAAGUUCAAUGGAGGAGAAGGGGAUAAAAGAGCUAAGGCAGUUAAUGCUACUAACAGAACCUCCCAAAGAUGAGUUCAGCGACUGGCCCCACGGACUGCUAACAAUCGGAACAUUCGGCAACACUACCGAGCUACGAAACAAACAAGAAAACCGAGUAAAUCAAAAUUGCUCGGAAAUCGAGAAUGUCCCUCAGGAGGAGCUGCAGUGUUCGUCCCCAGACUUCUCGGAAUUCACGGCUGAGGAAGUUGGGAAGCUAGAAAAGGAGCUGAAAAGGCUCUUGAACAAAAAACAAUCUUCAAAAUCGGCCGAGGACCAAAUAAAUGCUGACCUUCCAUUGGAUAGAUUCCUAAACUGCCCCUCAAGCCUGGACAACCGCACGAUAUCCAACAGAUUCAGCACUUAUUCUGACGGUAAGGAUGAAGAGGAGAUCGAGCGGACGAUCAGGAUCAUACUCGGGAGGUGCAAGGAUGUGUGUGAGAAGAAGAAGAACAAAACGAUAGGGAAAAAGUCGUUAACUUUUCUGCUUAUGAGGACCUUGCUCACCAAGAAAAUCUACUCUCAGAACUCAUAUAGAGCAUCAUCGUCGAAGAAGUAUUUGGGGGACUACAGGCCCGCAUCAAAGCCCGAAGAAAAAGAAGAAGAGUCGCGCGAUAAAAGUCGUGCGGCCGGGUCUAAAUGGGACAAGACGGAUUCUGAA